UCAUUCUAACUUCUUUAACAUUUUACAUAUUCCCUAUGGCAUGAUAUCUGUGCUUGACACUUGAUAUCUGUGUCUAUAUUUACUAUAUUUCUUCAUCAUAUGUUCAAGAUAUUUGACAAUGAUCUUGACUUGAUCAAAUCCCAAUCUAGCUAAAAUCAAUAUUAGUCAAAAUAAUGAAAUAGUUUACAAAAAAUCGGUGUCUAACAAGAAUUCAUGCUAAGAAAAAUAGGAUUAAUUUCUGUUAAUGUCUUACUUUUCCUUGCCUGUUUUGUUCUUCAAAUUGCUUUUCCAAAGAUUUUAAUAAUUAAUUUGGGAUGUCAAAUAUUUUUUUCUUUAGUCCAUUGAUAGUCUUUUUGGAGGAACACUAAAGACGUAAAUUUAUCAAGCUAUAAAUGUUAAAUUAUUAAACAACUAACACCCAAUUGUACCCUUAGAAAAUGCAUAAAACAACUUGUUUGUGAUGCAUUUCCUGCUUGAAGGAAGAAAAAAGGAAAGCAGAUAUUAAACUACUCCAAACUGGUUUGCUCGUUUUAGCUGGUCACCCAGUCUGUUGGCUAGUUUUAAACAACAGCUUGGUGAGGCUGGGAAAUCUUUUUUUCAGCAGGGUUUUAGUCUUCUAGUGAACAUUAGCAGAUGCAUUAUUAUAGAUAAUGCAACCCAAUGACAUCUAUUAUGCAUGAAGAAAGUGAUCCAUUAGCAUUCUCAUAGAAUCUCUCAUUCAAAGCGGUGAAGUGAUGCAGUGAAAUGGAGGCAGACAAGGAAAAGUUCAUUUCAGACACCAUUACAAGAAGGGGAUAAUUGUUGGAUUCUAAGGAGCCAAAGCUUAUCCCCUCUUGCUGCAUUUACUUUCCCCUUGGGGUCGAUUGCUGAAGACUGUGCUGCAUUCUAGAGGAUACAUAAGGCUAACACGUUUAAUCGUAUAUAGUACAGUAUAUACAGUACUGUACAACAUGAACCUUGUAGUUGGGAAUAUUUUAUUCUUCCUAUAGCUUAAUUAAAUUGACCAAACUCAAAAUUAUUACAUUAUAGUCAGAAUUAUGAGAUUACAUUAUUAGACUGAAUUAAGUUUUAACACAGCAAAUUAAACAAUAAAACUGAUAUUUUUUUGAGGUUCAAAAAUAUAACACACACAGAUAUAUAAACGGUGUAUACAAGACCAUGAAAAUUAUUGCAUGAAACGAUGCACCAGUAGCAACAUAAAUUGUAGUUGUCUAAUAAAGCCUCUUGAUGGAGCUAAUGCACCAGCCCAGACAACAGUGUGGUACGACGUACCAUCUUAUCAAAUAGGAAUAAUGUGCAGUAUAUAGAUAGAUAGAUAGAUAGAUAGAUAGAUAGAUAGAUAGAUAGAUAGAUAGAUAGAUAGAAAGAUAGAUAGAUAGAUAGAUGAAAUGAGAAAUGAGAUGAAUCCUAUUCACAGUAAUAUUCUAAGAGAAAAAAAAGGAAAAAAAAAAAGGUUUUGCGAACUUGCCCUAAAAAGGAAAAAAGACGGAAAUGAUUAAAAUGCAAAGGUCAGAUCCCGCCCACAUACCCCGCCCACUUUUCGCGCAGCGUCCAGCACAGACUGAAAUCAGACCGUGUGGCAUUGGGCUGCUGUGUAUUCUCAUCCUAGGGCCGCUCAUCAUCCGGGUUCGAUUUGCCCUAGAAACAAAUGCAGCUCUGGACCGAUGACUUCUUCAUUCGUUUGGUUUGAUGUACCGAACUUACAUCGGAAGGAAUAAUAAGGGAAGACCUGUUAUAUUCUCAGGAGUGCCUACGGUCUAUCGUGCUCAUGGCGAAUCAGCAAACUGUCAACUUCCAUCCUAUCUGUGAUGUUUUGACGUAUCGAUGUGUCGUUUGAUUGUGCAACAGGCUCCCGCCAUAUAUUCAUGCGGUUUAUGGAGACGAUGGGGGAUCAAAAGGAGGAUGUGUCCUAGUGCUCUACAUAUUUUUGCUUGUGGUUACAAUAUAACCAUUUCUUAAUGUUGUUCACUUUGGAUGGUGCUUUUUGACAUAUACACAACUGGACAGCACUUCGGUUUGGCAAGGUCAUUUUUUUUAAGGGAAUAUAAAAUGGCAACGCAAGUAACGGGAAGGAAAAGAAUUCCCAACCGGGAGAAACUAUCGGCGGAGGAUGAUGCUCUCAGUCAAAUAGCUCGCGAGGCAGAGGCAAGACUGGCAGCUAAACGGGCAGCCCGGGCAGAAGCUCGAGAAAUUCGUAUGAAAGAAUUGGAGAGGCAACAAAAAGAGAUAUAUCAAGUGCAAAAGAAAUACUAUGGGCUGGACAGCAAAUGGGGCCAUAUUGAACAGUGGAUGGAGGACAGUGAGCGGUAUUCCCGCCACUCUCGGAGACAUACCUCGAUAUCAGAUGAUGAGGAGCGGAUGUCUGUUGGCAGUCGAGGCAGUUUGAGGGGCAACCACACAGAUCUCUGCAGCAGCACCAGCAGUCUGCCUUCAGCCAGACUACAAAAUGGACGGCCCUCUGCGCUUUUUAGUGAACCCCCCCGUUCAAGAAGUCACAGGGGGUCACUGCAUGAAGAAAGUUCAUACUCUGCCACUAGGCGUUUCAGUGGCUCCAGCACUAGAGGCGCUUCAGACUAUAAUGGUUUUCUGGGCUCCAGCUCCAGGGCCUCUUCUAGGGCGAGUUCAGCCCGUGCCAGUCCUGUGGUGGAGGAAAGGUCAGAUUUCCUGGAAAAAGGGUCCAGGACAGCCUCCACCCUCUCUGCUGCAACUCUAGCAUCCCUUGGUGGAGGUUUAUCACGAAGAGGAAGCUGUGAUACCUCGAUUUCAGUGGACACUGAGGCCUCCAUACGGGAAAUGAAGGACUCCCUGGUGGAGGUGGAGGAGAAAUACCGUAAGGCAAUGGUAUCCAAUGCUCAGCUGGACAAUGAGAAGACAAACCUGAUGUAUCAGGUGGACACACUGAGAGAUACUCUGAUGGAGCUGGAGGAAUUUCUGUGUGAGACACGCAGAGAGUGUGAGGAGAAAAUCAGAGACUUUGAGCGAGAGCGUCAUGCCCACAAUGUCUUGAAGUUCCAGUUUGAGGAGAUGAAGGAAACACUAAAGCAGAGUGAAGAGUUGUUGAUGGAAGCCCAACAGUCUCGUGGAAAACAGGUGGACUACAUUAGUGAGAUUGCUGACCUGCAAGAAACAUUGGAAUGGAAAGAUAAAAAGAUUGGGGCCUUAGAGAGGCAGAAGGAAUAUUCAGACAUUAUCCAUGAUGAACGGGAAGCACUCAGGAACGAGGUUUGCCGGCUUAGGGAUGCUCUAAAGAAACAUGGCAUUAUGCUGGGAUCUGAGGUGACGGCCAAUGGGCAGUUAGCAGACGGGGCGAUUGAUGGGCAUGCUGAUGCGGAAACAGCCUCCCGAUUGAAUCAAGACUCUCACACGCCCACUAUGAGUGGAGACAGCAUGUUAGAGAUCAGAUUGAGGAAGCUGGUGGAAGAGAGAGAGAGUUUGCUCGACCAGGUGCGGAAGUAUAAAGCCAUUGCAGAGCAGAAACAAAAGAAUGGGACAGAAGAAACAGGAAGCACAGAUGAAGAUGACCUAAAGAAUGGUCUGGACCCUCAUAUUCUAGAUCUGCAGAGAGAUGCUAACAGGCAGAUCAGUGACCUGAAAUUCAAGCUGGUCAAGUCUGAGCAAGAAGUCACAGCACUCGAACAAAGCAUCAUUCGGCUGGAGGGUCAGGUGAGCCGCUAUAAGACGUCUGCUGAGGCUGCAGAGAAAGUGGAAGAUGAGCUAAAAGUGGAGAAACGCAAGUUGCAGAGAGAGCUGAGGUCUGCACUUGACCGUAUCGAUGAGCUGGAAGCAAGCAACAGCCACCUUACGAAGAGACUAGAGAAGAUGAAGGCCAAUCGGAGUGCCCUUCUGGCACAGCAGUGACGCCCACCUGUGCCCACUCAUCACCCACUGGCACCAAUGAUCUGCCACCCAUAUUACACUAAAACUUCUUUCAAAAUCAUGCCAAAUUAGCCCAGUCAUAAUCAUGCUAAUUUAGACUUAAAAAAGUAAAUAUGGCUGACAGGCAUGAACGUCAACCAUCAUUUGUUUGCUAGUGGGAUUCCAAGCGGAGGACAUAUCAAAAACAAAUUCUUACUGAGGCUCAUUAAAGUGACCUUUGGUUUGGAUUAGCAGAAUUCAGGCCCUCAAUGAGCUCUCCAAAAGUUUUUGACUGGUUACGGAUUUCUGUGUCAACAGACCAACUCAGCACAGGCCGAGCACAGCUAUUGCAGCAUGUUCCUUUUAUGGUAGCAUGUUGGUUUAGUAAACCGGUGGUGAGGGACAUUGACUUAUCUAAGCCGAUCAUGCACUUUAUCCCUGCAUCAGUAUUCAAAUUUUGUUACACAGAAAUAACAUAUCUGUACACAGAACCGCUUUGCAAAAUUAGGUAAUUGAAUUUGUGUAGUCUUGAGUUUAAAUGACUGAAUGUAUGUUCACAUACAGAGACAUUUGUGUGUUUUUUUUUGCAAUUUUUGUGCAGAUGGGGAGUGUUGUUUACACUAUCAACAGCUUAUCAACUUAUUGCUAUAAUGUCCAUUUUGUUCCACGCCAAAUCUGUGUGUGUGAGCGUGUUUAUUUGCGCGCUGGUCCAUACCUAGAUAAGGUCUUCAUAAUGUAAGUAAUUUUUGUUUUUAUGCUAAUGUUGUGUCAACAUCCUGAAGAACUAGAUUAGGACUACAAAAAAUGAGGAAAUAGCAAUCAUAAUAACUUUUUGGACUAUAUUUGGGUAUAAGCCAGGCUUUGAAGGAUUUGAAUCAUUGUCCUGUUACAAAUGUUCUCAGCGCUCACUGCACUUAAUUCCCUUUCAGGAACUCGAGCUGCGUCAAAAUGCUUUGGCAACGUGACGAAGCGUCUCGUUGCCUCAAGGGAACCAGGGUUACAUAGGUAACCUAGAGAGGUUUUCUUUGUUGCUUUAUGAAAGCACUCAAUAUUUUUUCCUCACAUAUCCAGUGGGCCAAAUGAUGAAAAUACUUUUGUUUAGUUUAAUAUGCAGGUUUAAGACCACCUACUUAUUUUCCAUGUAUAAAAACCUACAGACAUCUUGGUCAUUGUAAUAUGGUUAGUAGAAUUAGACAGUAAGCACAGCUGAUCAUCAGUACUGUUUUAUGUCCAGUUUAAACUCAGCUCAUGGUGCAACUAUAUUAUCUGAGGGCUAAAUUGACAUUUGAGAUGUCACCAGCCUUUAAGGAUACAAUCUGUAAUCAGAGUCUUGCUUUUGAAAACAUGCUGAGUCAACACAAUAAAUGGGACUGGAGCUCUUUCUUUUUAUAAAAGCUGGUCGUUGUAGCAUGGUCUGCCAUUUAACUCCAUUUAAGUGUAACAAUAAUCUCAAUGCAUUUGGGGUUUAUAGAAAUGAACAUGGCUUUUUUUUUUUUUUUAAUAGAGAAGGAGAAAAAAAUGAUUUGUUUUGCAAUAAUGCUUUUAAGUGUAAAUUGACCAUUGCAUUUACACAUAAAUGUUCAGAUGUGCAUCAUUAUGAAAACAGCUAUAAUAAUGAUUGUCUUGAUGCUGUAUCUGCUGGGUAAUCGGUUCUGGCAAGAAGGUUACUCUUUUUUGCUGAUUGUAAAUUUGAACUUGUUUCCCUCCCCUGGGUUCUGCUACCAUUGGAGACAAUGCGCCACCUUGUUUACACAGUCAGUGAACAUGCAUAUGCUAUCUCUAAAGAACUGAUAUGCUGAACUUUUGAAGUAACAGACAUAGACACACCAAUUACAUUGUUUACCUGUAUUACAGCUCUUCUGUAUGACAUGACAUAGCAAGAAAUAAAUUCAUGCAAUAACACUG